AUGGACCGCGGAGAGCAAUGCCUCGCCGAGCUCGUCAAUGUCGACGUCGACUCGAUGGAUCCCGCCGUGGCCAAGUCCUUGAUCGCGCUGGGUGUGCGCCCCGCUGAUCAGACCAGCAACCAGAUCCUCGUCGGCGACGGCAUCAAAGACCCGGCCAAUCGAGACAUGCUCGAAGGCGCAGUCCGCGAGCUGGGGAGCAAGGGCUGGGGUGCAGUCUACGACCGCAUGUCUGUCCUCCUCUGCGCCAAGAACAUCGAGAACAUCACCGGCCGCGUCCUGCUCCAGAGCUCGCCCUCCCAGGCAUACAACACAGACGAGAUUGUCGCACACGCUCGUAGAUAUGCUGCCGAGUUUGAAAAGGUCGGCAUCUCCAAGGACCGCUUCUGCAUCAAGAUUCCCGCCACGGGUCCGGGCAUGUGUGCCGGGCCCAUUCUCCUCAAGGACGGCAUCCGCACGCUGGGCACCUCGCUCUUCAGUGUCCCGCAGGCCAUUGCGUCGAGCCAGGCCGGUUGCCUGUACAUCAGCCCCUACUUCAAUGAGGUCAAGGCGCACGACAUGACCACGGGCCUGUUCCCCAACGUCUCUGACCCGGCCGUGGAGCAUCCCAUGGCGCCCCGCAUGGUGCAGAUGUUUGAGCUCUACAAGCAGCUGGCGGCCAAGACGGGCAAGGACCAGCCCAUCAUCAAGGGUGCCAGCAACAUCACUGCUGCCGAGGUGCUGGCCUGCGCCGACAUGGGUGUUCAGCACAUUACCAUCCUUGCUCCCGUCCUCAAGGAGCUGUGCCAGAUGAAGGUGGCCCCCAACGACGCCAGCAAGAUCCAGCCAAAGCCCAAGCGCGCCUACUUUGACGACAAGCAGCUCUCUCCUCGCAUGCUGGCGCUGAUGGACAAGGAUCCGCUGGCGCCCAGGCCCGAAGCGUUCAAGAUUGCCAGCACAGACGUCGACUACCUUGCCAACCAGGGUGCCAAGCUGGAAGAGGCCAUCGCCCAGGACCCAGAGACUGGCCGUCGUCUCAAGGACGCCUUGGAUCUCUUCAUCGGUGCUGAAAAGGAAGCCAAGGAGGCCAUCGAGCGUGUCAUGGCAGAGCUUGGCGUGUAGACAUUGUCCGUGUUUUUCUGCCUAGACCUGAGCCAAUCGAUCAAUCGGCUUUCCGGCCAGUCCUUGCGUCCCAACAAAAGGAGCAGAGAGCUAUGGAGAAGCGGAAUAGCCCGCGCGGUGAAAAUCCUCUUGCUUUGAUAAAAAAAAAGGUCGCGGGCAGUCGAGUGUACCCUCACCGAAGAGUGCUCAGAAUGUCUGGCUGCAAGCACGGGCUUGUUGACG